AUGAUCACGAUCACGAUGCUCAGUAUGGUGGUUGUCCAUGCAACGACCAACUUCAUCCGGACCCGUGCCGACCCGACCCUCUUCUACCUGCCGGCGAAGCACAACCCGGAGACGGAGAAGUGCUUGCAGGAGACCCGGGACACCAUCCAGCAGAAGGUCCGUCUUCUGCCCAAGCAUCUCGGCACCUCCACCCUCGUGGUGGAUGCUGAGGAGGCUGAAGAGGAAGAGGAGGGCCUGCAAGGCGAGGAGGAAGAGCCCGAGGAGGCCGAGGAGGAGACGAAGCUGCGUGCAGAGACGAACGGGGAGGAAAAACCGGCUCUUGCACCCCGCCGCCGUGCUGCUCUGACCCCGGCGAAAGCUGCGUGA